GCGCCUACCUCUCAGCCGGUCUGUUUUGAAAGCGUUGGUGGGGAGCUUGUGGCGGAGCUCGUCGGAUAUGCGCCUCCCGUGCGACGUGGUGGUGGUGAGUCGCCUGCUGCCCUCAGCGGGGAUGCGGGCCCCGGGACGAGCUGCCAGGGCUCUGCUCGCCCUGGGGAAGGCAACCGGAGGAGACGGAGGCGUCUGCCUUCUGGUCAGCACUGCCCGCCACCGCCCUGGAGCCAAAUACCAGUUGAAAGAAAACAUAGAUCAGCUUUUUACUAAGUUCGUGGAUGAAGGAAAAGCAACCGUACGGCUAAAAGAACCAGCUGUGGAUAUUUGUCUUAGCAAGGCAAGUGUCAGUGAGCUGAGGACUUUCCUUUAUGCAGUGAAAUUGGCUCAUCAAGGCACCAAAGAGGAAACUUUACCACUUUCUAAGCUGGUAUCACCAAAGGCCUCUGAAGUUGAAAAACCAAAAACCAAGAUGACCAUAACAUCAAAGAAGGAUUAUCCUUUAACUCGGAAUUUCCCAUACUCUCUGGAGUAUCUCCAAGCCUCCUAUUGCAAAUUAGCUCGUAUAGAUAUGCGUAUGCUUUGCCUGAGAAGCCUUCGGAAACUGGACUUGAGCCACAAUAGUAUUAAAAAGCUUCCAGCAACUAUUGGGGACCUUGUUUGCCUUCAGGAGCUCAAUCUACAGGACAAUCACUUGGAGUCAUUCAAUGUGGCUCUGUGUAACUCCACUCUCAAAAAAUCACUUCAAUCUCUGGAUCUCAGCCAGAAUAAAAUCAAAGCCCUGCCUGCACAGUUUUGCUACUUGCAGAAACUCAUACAUUUAAAGUUAGAUGAUAAUAAUUUGAUUAGAUUGCCAUUCAAGAUUGGUCAACUGUCGCAUCUCCGCUUCUUAUCUGUGGCUCGUAAUAAACUCCCAUUUUUGCCCAGUGAAUUUGCUAAACUCUCACUUGAGAGCCUGGAUUUAUUUGGCAAUCCUUUUGAGCAGCCAAAACCACUUGUUCCUGAUAUACACUUAAAAAUACCACUGACUUUACUAGAAUAUUCUGCAAGAGCAACCAUCAAUUACAGGGUCCCAUAUGACUGCCACAUUCUUCCUUAUCACCUUUGUGUUGAUCUUGAGAUGUCAAAAACUUGUCAAUGUGGACGUGCUUGCGUGACCUGCUUCAUUCAAACAACAGCGACUAUGAAUCUGCACAGUGUGGCACACACAGUUGUUCUUGUGGAUAAUAUGGGAGGCACAGAGGCCCCCAUUCUUUGCUAUUUCUGCUCUCUCACCUGCUAUUCCCAGUUUCUGGAUAGACAUCUGCAAAGUGUGAGGUGAUCAGAUUAUAAUCUGAGAAGUUUUAUUCAGCAAAUGCUAACUUCUGUUUUGUAUUGGAAGAAAAGGAAACAAUAAUCUGCUGGAACAAGGCUUCUCAUCUCUAAACCAUCUCCUUUUUUAUUAUCUGAAGAUUGCAUAAAGUGUUUAAACACUAGGGUCUUCAAACUUGGCAAAUUUAAGACUUGUGGACUUCAACUCCCAGAAUUCCUGAGCUAACACGAGGAGGAAUUCUGGGAGUUGAAGUUCACAAGUCUUAAAGCUGUCAAGUUUGAAGACGCCUGCUUUAAAGUGUUAGAUAUUAUCCCUGAUGCCAGGUGCAAGUUCCUUCCUAACUCCUGUUUAAUGCUGUGAAUGGAAUAGCUGGAGCUCACAUCCUCUCAACUGAGAAAAAUUCCUUUUCUGCUCUUAUUUUAGCACUAUUUUUAUAAAAUCUUUAGUAAUUUUUUCUGAGUAAGAAUGUAUUUUCAGAGAUGCUGUAUAACAUGCAGUGUUUUGAAUACAGAAUUUGCAAUCCCUUGAAAAAUUCUUAAAUUUAUAAACAAUUCUUUGAAAAUGGGAAGUGCUGAACUCAUUACAGUAUUUGGUAUUCAUUUUAAAAAAUAAAUGCACACUUUGUGCAAUCUGUACAUGCCAAUCAAAGGAAGGUUUGUCACACCAAUGUAACCAAUCAUAUUUACAAACAUUUUGAUUCAGAAUGGUAUUUUAAAAGUUGUUUACUUUAAAGAUCAAUUCACAUAUUACACUUUGUAUAGAAUAAUUUAUUGACAACAAAAUACAAUUUAUAGUGUUU